AUGAAGCUGACAACGAAGAUUAUGUCUGUGGUCGCCGUUCUGGCGCUGGGGUUAGCUGGGGGUGUGAACGCCGAUGAUACUGACGCAUGGAACGCCGCCGCCUCCCUCUCCCCGCUCGCCUCAUCGGCCCUCGACAUCAUCAUGCACAUGCACUACGAGUACUGGUGCACCGAGUUCCUGCCAUACAUGCCGACGCCGAGCCAGUAUCUUGAGACUACUGCUACUGCUACUGUCACUGCUUCUACCCCCUCUACUACCAUCACCACCACUACUACGACGACAACGACAACAACUACCCCAGGGGGUGUUGGCGCGAGGAGUGCGGGAGCGCUACCGGUGCUCCUGGUCCCGUUCGGGAAGCAGGUCGUGGCCGAGGCUUGUAGUGCGGUGUUUAGGCCUGGGCCGAGGGCGACGACGACGACGGUUGUGGUGGGCGGAGCGGCGACGGCGACGGUUACGGAGACGGUGACGGUGACCGUGACGGGGGUGUAG